AGAGCAUCCCUGGAAAACGGUGGAACUGGUGACUUGAGGAGCCAAUUUAAUAUGACCUGUCUGGUGUGGGUCCAGAGGAAGCCCCAUGGAGAGCGAUGGUGCUGAAGGGGACAGCUCCGGUGUGGGUGUCCGCGCGCUGACGGGCUGCGCUCUCUGCGCGCUCAUCCUCUCCACGCUGCUGGGGAACACGCUCGUGUGCGCCGCCGUCAUCAAAUUCAGACACCUCCGAUCCAAAGUCACCCAUUUCUUCGUCAUAUCCCUCGCGGUUUCCGAUCUCUUCGUGGCUGUUCUGGUCAUGCCGUGGAAAGCAGUCUCUGAGGUGGCCGGCUGCUGGCUCUUCGGGAGCUUUUGUGACACUUGGAUAGCUUUUGAUAUCAUGUGCUCAACGGCUUCUAUUCUCAACUUGUGCAUCAUCAGUUUGGACAGAUACUGGGCCAUCUCAAGCCCCUUUCGUUACGAGCGCAAAAUGACCCAGAGGAUGGCGUUUAUAAUGAUCGGGAUGGCGUGGACACUUUCCGUCCUGAUCUCUUUCAUUCCGGUCAGACUGAACUGGCACAGGGCUGAGGAUCACAGCGCGCCCUUGAACCUCACCGUGAGCUCGGAGGACUGCACGGCGACUUUAAACAGGACUUAUGCUAUUGCAUCUUCACUAAUAAGCUUUUACAUCCCUGUUAUAAUCAUGAUAGGAACAUAUACGCGGAUCUACCGGAUCGCGCAAACGCAGAUCCGCAGGAUCUCCACUUUGGAGAGGGCGGCUGGGCACAUGCACGAAACCUGCGCGAGCGAGCAGUCGCUGAAAACCACGUUUAAGAAAGAAACCAAGGUGUUAAAAACGCUUUCCAUCAUCAUGGGGGUGUUCGUGUUCUGCUGGCUGCCCUUUUUCGUCCUCAACUGCAUCGUGCCGUUCUGUGACCUGGACACUCUUGGAGACUCUCUGUGCGUGAGCAGCACCACUUUUAACAUCUUCGUUUGGUUCGGAUGGGCCAAUUCAUCGCUCAACCCGGUCAUCUACGCGUUCAACGCGGAUUUCCGCAAAGCCUUCACCACUAUUCUGGGUUGCAACCGGCUCUGCGCGUCUUCUGCGGUGGAGACGGUGAACUUCACCAACGAGCUGGUGUCCUACCAUCACGACACCACUCUGCUCCACAAGGACGCGCAGGGCGUUUCCAACCCGCAGUGCCUGGUUCUGGUCCCCGGUCAUCACGAGGAACACGUGGACUUACCUUUCGACAAGGUCUCGGUCGUGUCGGAUUCGUCUCGUAUCCAGCGGAGCGCGCUGCUGCCGGCCCUAGAGCAGCAGGAGAGAGAGAUGGAGAUUUCCCUGGACAUGAUGCCCUUCACCCCCGCAACACUGAGCGACUGCUGUGGGAUUCCAGGUCAAAUUGAGGAGUGUUGACCUCAUUUCAUUCAAUACGAACCUAUUAAUACCAUCAGAAUUAAUAGGCAUCCAUGACCUCAUUUUAUUUUCGUAUACCAUUCCAAAAAUACCUAGGUCCAAAUGUAAAAUGGAUGUAUUUGAAUGGCAUGUAAAAUUUGUAUUACAUUACAAUUAAAUAAGCAUAAAUCUGUUCAUUUAAAACAGCGUAAUUUAGUUUAAAAGACAUUUAAAAAGUAUAAGCAAAGCAAAAUUUGUUAAUUAGUCAAAUGAGACCGAAAUAAAUUAAAAAACGUACAGAUUUUUACAAUUGCCAUUUCUCAAACUCCUCACAAUAAUCUCCUUACCAGCUCUCAGCUUGGCAUCAAUAAAUGUAUCAUCCAAAAUGCACAAAAACUACAAAAAUCAUCUCAUGCACAUCUCAAAUCAAGUCAUUAACUCUAAAGCUUGUAAAACAACAGAAAGUUUUUUUCACUCAUAAAACAAUGACCUAAAAAACUAACAACAGGUAGCAUUAUACAACACAUUUACUUAAAACAGUUUUGUUUCUGGGUCAGUUUGUUCAAGUUAUAUGCUAAAAUGUGUGCAAAAUAAAAUUGUUAGCUGAUGGAAUAUGAAGACGCUCUCCAGUGAACUUCACCAUAGAAUCCAAUGAACAGAUGCAAAAUAUGCAAUGCAAAGCUUUGAAGAAAAGAAAAAAACUUCUCUUUUCUGGUAACUAUUUUCCUGCAUGCAGUUGUAAAAAUGUGUGCAUGUAUUUUUUUUGUGACUUAUUAACUCAAAACAUGACAUCUCCCCGAAUAAAUGUCAGAGGCUAUGCAAAUGAAAGGUCAGGUCAGUGGAUGGUGUGUGUUGUACAUUACAUGGAA